AUGAAAUUGUGUUUUAUCGACGGCACAUCUGCGAAAUCGAGUGUUACUGAACCGUUCUUCGAGCAUUGGAUACGGGUAGACAGCAUGGUCACCACUUGGAUCCUUAAUUGUAUUUCAAAGGAAAUCGUCGGCAGUUUCAUGUAUGCGAAAUCUGCAAGAACACUUUGGCUAGAUUUGGAAGAGAGGUACGGAGAAUGCAAUGGGCCUUUGUUAUAUCAGCUUCAGCGCGAAAUAGCCUCCUUGACGCAAGGAACUAAGUCAGUGGUUGAGUAUUUUUCCAGAUUGUGCAUGAUUUGGGACGAACUUGAUGAGUUAAUGCCUACUCCUCAAUGCACAUGUGGAUGCACUUGUGGAGCCUUUAAAAUUGCUGCAGAACAAGCUACAUUCACUAGAUUGACACAGUUUCUCAUGGGAUUAAGUGAUAAUUUUGAUCAUCUACGUGAUCAAUUGCUCGUCAUGGAUCCAACACCUACAGCGAAUAAAGCAUACUCUAUGAUGUUGAGGUUUCCUACGCCAAUUCCCUUUUGGUGUGACAACCAAGCCGCCAUCCACAUCACGGCCAACCCUGUGUUUCACGAACGGACUAAGCACCUCGACAUCGACUGUCACCUUGUUCGGGACCAAUUCAAAUUGGGGUUCAUUCUUUCGUCCCACAUUCCAGUUCGUGACCAAUUAGCUGAUAUCUUCACUAAAUCCUCCCCUGUCGCUGAUUUUGCUCGUCUACUUGGCAAGCUGGGCUUGGCGUUCGCGCUCCAGCUUGAGGGGGGGAUGUUACGAGUUACAGCAACAGCAACUCUCAAUGACAGCAACAGCAACACCCAGCUGAAGGUUGAAGAUGAGAGCUGGACGACAGCGAGGCACAACGUGGACAUCCCACCUUUUAACAUAUGGCGCUAUGUAUUUUACACGCUUCUAUUAGUUAGAAAUGCGAUUUCUUCUUGUUAA